ACAAACGUAGGACCCACCACACCGCCCAUGCGCACGCAAACUUAUCUCUCUCCUCUUCCUUCAUGACCUAACCCUAACCCAAACAACACUUAGCAGCACAAGAAGAGCAUCUUUCUCUCUCUCUCUAACCUUCACCAACAGCAACCAAAUUCUUCAUAUAUUAUUUUCUUAGCGGAUUCAGAAAAGUGAGUAGAGAGAAAGAAGUUGCAAAUAUGGAAGAUUCAGCUCAGAAUUUGGUUGGGUUUACUGGUGAAGGUUAGAGAAGAAACCCUCAAGAAAGCCAACAAAACAUCUUUGCUACUUGCCUAGAGGGUAUUUGAUCAAGAAUUCAAGAUGGAUCCAGUCACUGCCCAUGGUCGUCAUCUACCUCCUCCUUUUCAUACUAGAGAUCUGCAGCUGCACCACCACCAGCAGUUUCAGCAACACCAUGUUCAUCACCAUCAGCAGCAACAACAGCAGCAUCAUCAACAGCAGCCAAAUUCCGAGGAGGAUGAGCAAAGUGGUGGAAGUAGCAGUCUCAACCAUGGCCAAAAGCGAGAGCGUGAAGAAAACCACAACAAUAUUAACAAUGAUGGUAAUAGAGAAUUGGCGUCGGUUGUGACCGGUGGCGAAGGAGAUCAUAGCAGCGGUGGUGGAAGUGGCGGCUCUAGACGCCCUCGGGGCCGCCCAGCUGGCUCCAAGAACAAACCAAAGCCACCCAUAAUCAUCACCAGAGAUAGCGCGAACGCGCUGAGGUCCCAUGUGAUGGAGGUCGCUAAUGGGUGUGAUAUUCAAGAAAGUAUAUCGAACUUUGCGACGAGAAGGCAAAGAGGGGUGUGUAUAUUAAGCGGUAAUGGCACAGUUACCAACGUUACACUAAAGCAGCCAGCGGCACCGGGGGCGGUUGUGACACUUCAUGGGCGAUUCGAGAUCUUAUCACUGUCUGGUUCGUUCCUUCCUCCGCCAGCUCCGCCUGCGGCUUCAGGAUUGACCAUCUACCUAGCUGGUGGUCAAGGACAGGUAGUUGGAGGCGGAGUAGUGGGGCCUUUGUUGGCGUCGGGCCCUGUAGUGAUCAUGGCAGCAUCUUUUGGGAAUGCUGCGUAUGAGAGACUUCCUCUUGAAGAUGAAGAAACUACACCAGGUUCAGGAAACGGGCCUCUAGGGUCACCUUCUGGUAUUGGUAGCCAACAACAACAACUCAUGAACGAUGGAAAUCCAUCGUUAUUUCAUGGAUUGCCUCCCAACUUGCUAAAUUCAUGCCAAUUGCCAACAGAUGCAUAUUGGGGUGCAAAUCGUCCCCCUUUCUGAAGCGAAGGAGUGUAACAGAUCUUUCGGUUCAUUCUAUUUUCAUUUAAUUUCACCUUUGCAAACCUCUUCCUUUUUCGGAUUUCAUAUAUUAAACUAGUUGUGAUAGCAUGUUUGCUUUAAGAAUUUAGGGUGUAAAAAGUUUGUGAAAUAUCCUACCAUAUGGCCUUCAGUUGUUGAAAUUAUGACGCUAAUGGAUAUCGACCGAUUAUAUAUGAUA